CUUCCUGUUACCUCAGCUCCUGAGGUCAUGGGGCUGCCUUUCAUCGCGAUAGCUUCGACGUUAAACCUCUCCUCAAUAUCCCGAACUACCCAGCCACGUUGUGACCCCUAGCGUUACAAGCUCUAACUAACGAUUGAAUACGACGAUCGCAAAACCUAAACAUCUUAAAAACCAACACUGUGAUGGACGAGAAACGCGCGCCGAUGCCACCGCCGAUCCGUCGUGGCCUGAGCCCUCUCAGGGUGGUGUUCGCGACGGGAUACUUGGCUCUAGCGGCCUUCCUUUACUUCAAGUUCGCACCACUGGUAACGGUUUCCCAGCCGAGCAUCCUCAUCCCUGAACAUGAUCCAGCGACUCAAUCUUCGGUGGCCCAUGAGCUUGUCCCUUUGGAGGCGCACAUCAUGAGCAAGUGCCCGGACGCAAAGGACUGCCUUCGGGAAUUAGUACUGCCCACGAUGCAAAAGGUCUACGACAAGGUCAACUUUACGCUGUCGUUUAUUGGAAAGCCGACCGACCAAGAUGAUGGCGUGGACUGCAAGCAUGGACCGGCAGAGUGCCUCGGCAACAUCAUCGAGCUCUGCGCGCAACGGCUAUACCCCGACCCCAAGACGUACCUCGGCUUCACCAUGUGCCUGACGCGAGACUACAAGCACAUCCCGCAGCGCAGCUUGAUCGAGGACUGUGCGCUCGAACAUGCGAUCGACUUUGACAAGCUGAACGACUGCGCGACCAAGGACGACGGGGCCUUUGGCAUCGGCAUGCUGAGGGAGAGCGUACAACGAACAGCCAAGGUAGAGCCGUCUUCCCAGGAUAGCCGUCGUCUAGUUAUAUUCUAACUAACCACUCCCCAACUCCUAGGCUGGCGUAACGAAGAGCUGCACGGUCCGCCUCAACGACGAAAUCUAC